GACUGAGAGACAGAGGCACACAGGACAGAAACUGGGGAGUCUCCAGGCCGGAGAGGAAGGGGGGGCCAGACCGCCUACGUCGGCGCCCCCGCUCCGGGCUCCGACUCCAGACGCCGCGAAGUGAAAGGGGAGAAAAGAAAGGGAGAGGGCGAGGCUGUGCGGGGGGGAGACCGGGCCUGAGGUGUUAAACAUUUUUGUUUGCUUCUGACUAGUCCAGACGAAGGGCCGCGUCUCGGUAGCGCUCUGCCAGAGUGAAAGGUGCCGGGGCCGGGGUGCCUAGCAACACCUCUGGGCUGGGGGUGGCUGCAAAGUCAGGCAUUCACAGACCCAGACACAAAACCUCGCGGGUCCCGCGCCAAGGCUGCGGGUGCCCGGAACCGCCGCGAGGCCGGCGCGCUCCGACCCGACCCGGGGCGGGAUAUUUGGGCAACCCGGGGCUCUCCGGGCGUUUGCAAAAGUCUCUUUGGAGCGGAGGAGAGGCAGCACGGAGACAAACUCCCGGGUUGCCCCCGCUCCCCCCGCCACCGCCUCCAGCGCCCCCACCGCGCCCUCCCUCUCACACUCGCGCGCGCGCGCACACACACACACACACACACUCACACACACACCCGCCACCCCGGGCGCGCCGGCGCUGCCGGCGAGCGGCGGCGAGCAGGACUUGAAGUGGGUGUUCUUCCCCACUCCCCACCCCCGACGCGUAGCCCCCAACCCCCGCCCCGGUCGCCUUCCCCCUCCCUCUCGCUCCUACGCAAAUAAGAACUCGACGAUUCCCCUCCAGCCGUUUUGAUUUCGGGCACCUCCGAAAGAUAAUUGGGAAGGGUUUCCAGAAGGUGGGAAAUGUCACCUGAUUCACACUGAACUUUUAAAAGCUCCCCACCCCCAAGGAGCCGCGCACACCCUCGCUUGCAGCCGCCCUCCCACAGCCCCACACACUGGGAGACCGCCCACCGCAAACCGCGGAGACCCCCGUCUAGAUUUAAAGCGCGGCUGCGCCCGGCUUCUGACGUCCAUUGAAUCGCGCGGGCGGCCGGCGGCGAGCGCGGGGCUGCGCCGGGAUCGCUGCGCCCUCCGCCGCUGGCCUCUGCGACGCGCGCCGCUCGCCCGAGCCACCCGCCGCCGCGCCGGCUCCCCGCGCCCCUGCGCUCCUCGCCCCGCGCCUGCCCCCAAGAUGGUCCGCGCGAGGCACCAGCCGGGUGGGCUUUGCCUCCUGCUGCUGCUGCUCUGCCAGUUCAUGGAGGACCGCAGUGCCCAGGCUGGGAACUGCUGGCUCCGUCAAGCGAAGAACGGCCGCUGCCAGGUCCUGUACAAGACCGAACUGAGCAAGGAGGAGUGCUGCAGCACCGGCCGUCUGAGCACCUCGUGGACCGAGGAGGACGUGAAUGACAACACACUCUUCAAGUGGAUGAUUUUCAACGGAGGCGCCCCCAACUGCAUCCCCUGUAAAGAAACGUGUGAGAACGUGGACUGUGGACCUGGGAAAAAAUGCCGAAUGAACAAGAAGAACAAACCCCGCUGCGUCUGCGCCCCGGAUUGUUCCAACAUCACCUGGAAGGGUCCAGUCUGUGGGCUGGAUGGGAAAACCUACCGCAAUGAAUGUGCACUCCUAAAGGCAAGAUGUAAAGAGCAGCCAGAACUGGAAGUCCAGUACCAAGGCAGAUGUAAAAAGACUUGUCGGGAUGUUUUCUGUCCAGGCAGCUCCACAUGUGUGGUGGACCAGACCAAUAAUGCCUACUGUGUGACCUGUAAUCGGAUUUGCCCAGAGCCCACUUCCUCUGAGCAAUAUCUCUGUGGGAAUGAUGGAGUCACCUACUCCAGUGCCUGCCACCUGAGAAAGGCUACCUGCCUGCUGGGCAGAUCUAUUGGAUUAGCCUAUGAGGGAAAGUGUAUCAAAGCAAAGUCCUGUGAAGAUAUCCAGUGCACUGGUGGGAAAAAAUGUUUAUGGGAUUUCAAGGUUGGGAGAGGCCGGUGUUCCCUCUGUGAUGAGCUGUGCCCUGACAGUAAGUCGGAUGAGCCUGUCUGUGCCAGUGACAAUGCCACUUAUGCCAGCGAGUGUGCCAUGAAGGAAGCUGCCUGCUCCUCAGGUGUGCUACUGGAAGUAAAGCACUCCGGAUCUUGCAACUCCAUUUCGGAAGACACCGAGGAAGAGGAGGAAGAUGAAGACCAGGACUACAGCUUUCCUAUAUCUUCUAUUCUAGAGUGGUAAACUCUCUACAAGUGUUCAGUGUUGACAUAGCCUUUGCGCGAAAAAAAAGAAAAAAAAAGAAAAAGAAAGAAAAAUAUAUUGUCCAUACUGUAAAUAAGUGUAUGCUUAUUUAUUUGGGGGGAAAACUAUACAUUAAAGGACCUUUGUCCUAAAGCUCUCUCCCAGGCCACCUUGUUACUCAUUGGACACGGAGAGGCACUCAUUGUGAGGUCUACUGGAUGAGGCCCAUAGUUGAGACUUGUAGACAUUUAUUUAUACUGUGUCAUGUUUUAUAAUUUAUACAUAAAAUGUCUGGUUGACUGUAUACCUUGUUUUUGAAGAAAUUUAUUCGUGAAAGGAAGAGCAGUUGUUAUUUAUUGUGAGGUCUCUUGCUUGUAAAGUAAAAGCUUUUUUUCCUUGUAAACCAUUUAAGUCCAUUCCUUACUAUUCACUGACUCAUCUGUCUCCCUUCAUUUCACUGUUAGACUCUUUUCCACUUUCAACAAACUUGCAUGUCAGUUUCUGUCAUGUUUAUUUAUUGGAUUCUCUGCUGCCUGAUCUGUACAUACAUGAUCCCUCGGGUUUUGUUUACAAGGAACCUUGACUGACCAAAAGGCAUUAUAACUCUGACUCAAAUACAAGGUACAGAAGAUAAGCAUUUUUGGGGAAACUCCUACUUCAGUUCUUUUGUUAUGACGAAGACAUUUGUGAGAGAGGAGAUGAUUAGAAUUCUAGUAAUGUACUUUUAAGAUGUUACAGAUACAAAGAAAUGAUGUGGGUGUCAGGAGACUAAAGGAUGUUGAAGGCUACACAUUCAACCUUUUGUUAGGUGUUUCCUUUAAGCUACUCAGCUGUACCUUUUAAAUUAGUUCUUUUUCAACCAAUGUAUCACUAAAAGUUAUAUCAAAGCUUUAUCAGUUCAAGUUUCUUGCUUUUCAUAAUACCUUUUUCUGAUGCAAUUUUAUAUUUUCAAACAUGGCAAGUUAAAAUAUAAAUUCAUUUAAAUAUAUAGUUUUGUACUUUUCUACCAUGUAAAUGUGCAAUGUAUAUAAAAGUUAUAAUGUGUAUUUGUAAAUAAAUGAUGAGUGAAAAAAUAAAAAAUUUUAAAAAGCC